UGGAUGGUCGAGCAGCUGAGCUGGAGUUAAAGACUUUCUGUCACAUCAUGAAGACGCACCGUGUUGAUGACGACUUCGGCCAAGGCCUCGCCAACAUGCUCAAGACGAGGGAUUGGGCCAAGAGCUAUCCGAAUCUCAUGAGGAUCUGGCAAGCGAUGGCGGUUCUGCCCUUGAGCACCGUCGAGUGCGAGCGCGGUUUCAGCAGGCAGAACGCCGUCAACAGCUGGCUGAGGACGAGCGUGUGUGAUGCAAGACUCAGCGACCUGAUGACCAUUAUCCUCCUGGAGUACGACAUGGAAUACCCUGAGAUCGUGGAGAUCUGGAGACGCCAGAAGAACCGCAGACAGGCAAAAGUAGUGGCUUAUGAGAGGAGCAGCAAUGCUGCCAAGGGCAAGGAGCAUGAUGAGUCCGAUGAGUCAGAGGAGGACAGUGGCUCUUGUGAGAGUGCCUCAGAGGGAGACGCGGAUGAGCAUGGUGACUAAUGUAUGUAUGUGUUUGAAAUGAAGCGUACGUCUAUCA